UAAAUAUCAUUACAAAUUAAAAAAUAAUCCGUACCCAUUAAAAAAAAAAUGAAGAUCCUCUCACUCUCACUUCUCUUUCUAGCCGCCACGGUCUCCCUCGGCCGGCCUUCCAUGUCCGAGCCUAGGCUCAUCGAACUCCUCACAUCAAACAAGAACGAAGCAGAAGUACUCUUAGAGGAAGAGCGAUCACUUUCAAUCAAUUACCAAAACUGUAGAAGCUGGCACCUUGGUGUUGAGACUUCUAACAUCAUAGACUUCUACACGGUACCCGCGAAUUGCAAAGACUACGUUAAAGACUACUUUACCACUUCAAAACAGUACCAAUACGACUCCAAAACGAUUUGCAAAGAGGCUUACUUCUACGCCAAAGGACUUUCACUAAAGAACGAUACCGUCAAUGUUUGGAUCUUUGACCUUGAUGACACCCUCCUCUCUAGUGUUCCCUUUUUCUCCAAAUAUGGAUACGGGACAGAGAAGUCACCCAUAGGAGCAUACCGGAAAUGGGUAUUUCUCGGAGAAGCUACUGUGCUCCCGGAGACAUUGCAUCUAUACGAAAACCUCAUAGAACUCGGUAUUGAACCCAUCAUAGUCACUGAAAGAUGGGAACCGGCUAGGGAAGCUACCAUAAAGAAUCUCAAAGCUGCUGGCUUCACCUACUGGAAGCAUAUUUUUUUCAAGCCAAAGGAAUCGAAAGAGAGGGAAGUGAAGUACAAGUCAAAGGUGAGGAAGAACUUAGUGAAGAGUGGAUACAACAUCGUUGGUAAUAUUGGAGACCAGUGGGCUGAUUUGGUAGAGGACACACCAGGGAGGACUUUCAAGCUCCCUAAUCCACUCUACUACGUAUACUCUUCUUAAGCAAUUUAUCUUCAUGUCUUUGUAGUUUUGUAACCAUGUAGCUGCUUAUAAUGUCCAUCCUAUCACAACUCAAUAAAUAAAAACAGCUUCGUACUAAUUAUUAUUAUUUUUUUUUUUUA